CUUUCCUCUUUCCUUCUCUUCUGCGAGGCUUGCUGUGCCUUCUUUCGUCGUAUGGCUUGUUUAGGCGGGUUUUGACUGAAAUGGAUUUCUUAGUGCAUCGAGCGGGAACAACUUGAUAAAAUGGUGUUGGCUGAUCUUAUCGAGUUUUGCCAGGAAAGAGGAUUACCCACCGAAGGCACCAAAGCUGAACUGAUCGAUAACCUUUUGUUUUGGAAACAAUACACACGACCAACACCUGCUCCGAGUACACCGGAACUUCCUGCGCGAUCUCUGGCACCCAACGACCAACAGCCAGGACAACGACUACAACUCAACUCGCGCGAUUUCUCGGCCUUGUUUCUCGAUGAUACCCCUGGUUUGGAUAUUCCUUAUAAUGCCAUGAUCAUAGGACCCAAAUUAGGCAGCGGCGGAUUCAAAGAUUGCUAUGCGGGCGAAUACAAGGGAGAAACAGUAGCGAUUGGUGAACUGAGGUUAACCGAUUUUACCCACGUCGAUUUGGCGGAGAUCAAGCAUGAAAUCAAUGUCUUAAAACAGCUGCGUCAUGAAAACGUGAUCAAAUUUAUUGGCGUGUGCACUCAUCCAAAACAUCUGUGCAUCGUGACAGAACUGUGCUCCAAGGGGGAUUUGUUUGACGUUAUACGCAAAUACAAAAAACCGAGUUUUGCUCAACAGGUGAUGUAUAUGCAUGAUAUUGCCAUGGGGGUUUCCUAUUUGCACACGCGAAGGCCAUCGAUUAUCCACCGAGAUCUCAAAUCAAUGAAUAUACUGAUUUCCGAGGAUGAACGCGCCAAAGUCAACGAUUUUGGCUUGGCACGUAUUCGACCUAAAGCAAAUGCAUUGAUGCACACUCAGUGUGGCACACCCAACUGGCAAGCCCCGGAAUUCUGGACAUCCAAUCCCAGUUACACCGAAAAGGUCGAUGUGUAUGCAUGUGGUUUAAUAUUUUGGGAAAUUUUAAGCUGGGGUGUCUAUGGUUAUCCUUUUCAGGAAUUGUCCGAGCAUGCUCUUUACGUCGAGGUCAAGGAACGCAACAUGAGGCCACCAACUGCCGAAUUAUUCCACAUGUAUCCAAGGACCCUAAUGAACCUUAUCACGGAUAUGUGGACGGGCGAUCCUGUUCGGCGCCCGAGUAUGGCAAACGUUGUAGAAAGACUUUCCACUUAUUUGAACUGAACCAAAACAAGCAAAACCCCUUUGCCCGUGAACCCAAUUAUUACCACCCAUCAUCAUAUCAUUUCUUACCAUUGAUUGAUUUAUAUAUUGUAACAAAACAUGUUUUUUUUUAUUG